AAAAGGAAGUAAUUGCGAAAAGUAGCAAUUAAUCUAAUAGUCUCAGAAAAACUUCAGGGAUACAUUACAGGAAAUUGCGCUAAGUAGCAAAUAAAGCUGACGAGUUAGGUGGACGUUAGAAGGCAUUUUCUCCGCAAUUUUGUAAGAUGGAAAAUCGCGCCUACGGCCGAAAAUACCCCGUGGUGGUUUUUGUGGCGAAACUAUUCAACGUGUUUCCCAUACAGUACGGAAAUAUCUACAGCAAGUACCUAAUUUGGGCGGCGGCAGUCUGCCAAAUAAUUCUCCUGACCACGACUUGUUUGACGAAUCUAGCAUGGAAAAGACAAGUGCUGAAGCACCAAAACAUCGAAAGAGCUACCGACGAUCUGGCUCAACUUUUGAUCUUAAUUUGUAACGUCCUGAAUAAUAUAACCAUUACGUUUUGCAAGCACGACGAAAUUCUAGCGUUUCUUCAAAGCAUUUCCUCGCAGGACAGAUGCAUUCAGUUCAGCAGCCAGAACAAGUGGUUCCCGUGGAUCAGCAAUGGAAUGCUCAUCUUUUGCUGCUCGAUCUUCCUAUUCGAAAUCUCGUACGGCAUGCAGAUGAUUACCGUGCACAAAUUAUUCAUCACUGGAAUGCUUGAACGGUUCAUACAAUUAUGUCAACUCAAUGCAGUGUUGCUGAUAAUCUCGAUGGUAAUCAACGAGAUCACCCAUCGCCUGGAGAACUUGAACCAGAUGCUGCUUGGGAUGAACGACUAUUUCACUAGAACAUCCCAAAACCAAGUGUUCUCAAUUAACGACGACGGCAGACCAUCAGAGAUCUUCGCCGAAGGCACAGAUAAUCCCAGCUUUUGCGCGUGCGAAAAACUGGUCACUUUGCGGAAAUGCCACAUCUUCUUGUGCAACAAAGUAGACGAAUGCAAUCAAAUAUUCGGAGUUAUCAUGUUCUUCCUGAUUUGGGUGAUCACGAUCACCUGGCUGGAUGCCAGUGUGAUGCUCAUCUCUAUCCAAGUAAUCGGCAAUUUCCAAAUCGAUGGUAUGCUGGACAUUAAAAGCAACAUGGGAUUCUUAAUAUUCAUGGGAUUGUUUGGGAUCGCUGGAUCAAUGGUCCAAGCAGUUAUCUUGGCCUGUACAGCAGAAAAACUGUCGGUUGAAACAAAGAAAACUUCCAUAAUCUGCUGCACUUUGCAAGCUGAUUUUUCCUCAGGCAGGAAAUUCAAUAACCAAACCUGCUACAUCCGAGAAUUGGGAGUACUGAAUCGGCAAAGUUUCCAGAGACAGCCCUGUAUAAAUGCCGCAGGAUUCUUCUCAGUCAAUCAUAAAAUCCUGAGCAGAAUUAUGGCGAAUGUCUGUUCGUAUCUGCUCAUUGUGAGCCAGUUUUUGAUCCAAAAAUACCGCGAUAAUAAAACACGCACCAAACAUGAAUAA